CGGAAAAAUUGAACUCGACAGGGCAGCAGUGAAUCGACUGCAAAAUCCCAAAAAAAUGUCACCACACAAGUUACACAACUCCAACCUCCACGUCCGCAUGGCCACCGCCGACGAGCUGCCCAAGCUCCUCGACAUUGCCCUCGAGUGCUUCGGCCACAACCCCUACAGCCAGGCCAUCUUCUCCAACGCGACCGAGGAAGAGCGCCUCACGCUGGGCCGGCGGUGGCGGGAGGACCGCUACAGGGCAAACUUUGCAAAGCCGGGGCAGCACUAUCUGGUCGCCGUCCAGGGCCCGUCCGGCGAGAGCAAAAGGGAGGAGAUUGCUGGCUGGGCUCUGUGGCAGCAGCCGCGGACAGAAGUCGACCCCGAUGCCGCUUGUGGCUUGGAGGCCAAGACUAUGGCUGCUCCCCUGCCGGCUAUCAUCAAUGGGGAGGCCAUCAAGGCUCGUGAAGAAGCUUUGACGGGCGCUUACAAAAACGCCUUUGGGGAGGACGGGAUGCGCCGGAUGUGGUCUGCAGACAUCGUCGUGGUCGACCCCAGGCAUCGUCGAAAGGGUGUUGGGUCCAUGCUCAUGAGGUGGGGGCUGGACAGGGCAGAGAAGAGUGAGACUGACGCUUGUAUCGUGGCCACUGAUGUCGGGCGAGACAUGUACCUGACGGUGGGAUUCCAAGACGUCUUUCGGUUUUGGACAGGCGCAGAUUACAACUGGCUAAUGGUAUGGAGAAGAUGACUUUGGAAACAAGCAACAAUGUCUUUUCGAAAACAUCCGAUCCAGCCAGAACUAAUUAGAAGCUUUGGGUGAACAACAUCUCAACUACAUCCAUUUCAAGCGUUCAUUAUAACAGUCUUGAUUUGAAGCCAAGCUUUUAGCCCUUCCACGGCAUUUUCAACCCCCAAACCACUCUCUGC